CUAACCCUGUCCAUCUCCUCUGUCAGCUCUACUCCUGCUGUGCCUCCUGACACUGAUCUCAUCCUGGAGGUGCAGCUGUUGUCGGCAGAAGACGCCCCAGACCUGGAGCUCAUGCUGCCCUCUGAGCGAAUCAGUUUGGCCAACAGAAAACGAGAGCGAGGAAACAUCCACUACCAGCGCACCGACUACGCCUUCGCCAUCAACUCGUACGGAAUCGCUCUACAGAUAACUGAAGCGACAUCCAGAGUGGACAUCAGUCAACAAGAAGAGGAAGAACUUUUGGACAUGAAGGUGAAAUGUCUCAAUAACAUGGCCGCUGCUCAACUCAAACUAAACCACUAUGAAGCCGCACUGCGCUCUUGCGUCUCCGUCCUGGCGCACCAGCCGGACAAUGUCAAAGCCCUGUUCCGCAAAGGCAAGGUACUGGCUCUGCAGGGCGAGUAUGCUGAAGCCAUUAAAACACUGAAAAGGGCCUUGAAGUUGGAACCAAGUAAUAAGACCAUCCACGCUGAGCUGUCGAAGCUUGUGAAGAAACACUCCGAGCAGAAAGGAGCCGAACAGGCCAUGUAUAAAAAGAUGCUGGGUAACCCAACGAACGCCAGUUUGCAGAAACACCGUGCCAAGUCCUCAUGGAGUCUCAGCUGGAAGUGGCUCUUUGGGGCAACAGCCGUUGCGAUUGGCGGUGUAGCUUUAUCAGUCGUCAUUGCAGCUAGAAAUUAAUCCCAAAUUCACUGUGACGAGAUGAAUGAUGUGGUGCUGAAGACCUUGAGUACGCCAGGCACCCAAACACCUUACCGACUGUCAUAAAAAAAAUUGUAAUUGAAAGUAAAAUGGUUGUAGUUCUGUUGCCCUUCAUCGCACUGUAGAGGUUUUAAAUGUACUUUCAAUGUAUGGAAGAUGAGCUGGGGUGAAAUAGAUGUGAGAAAUGUGAUCUAAUUCCUAUUUAUGUACA